AUGGCGUUGAAUAAUGUGCUGGAUAUCACCAUGGACGACUACUUCGACAUCACCGAGGGUGCCUUGGCCCUCAGCAAUGAGUUCUCAUCUGAUAUCGUCCCGACCCCCGCUACAGACACUUAUCAUGAGGCCUUUUUCGUCAAUGCACACGAGAACCCAGCAGCCCAUCAACUCCCGCUACGUCAGAGAAGAUCGCCGAUAGCAGAUACCGUCUGGGAACCCCUCAAGCCAAUCAUCCAGGAGCUGUAUAUCCAUCAAGGUCUUCAACUCACGGAUGUGAUGGCACGGAUGAAGCAAGACUAUGGCUUCGAUGCUACGUAA